AUGGGUAGCAAAUCUACAUUGCUCAUCAAGCUCUUCUGUGUGAUUUUGCUGGGAUUAUUAAUCCUGGCACCUCACGCGGAAGCAGUUAUCGGUUGUGGCACCGUGAACAACAUAUUGAUGCCGUGUACUCUUUACAUUCGUGGCGGCCCGUUGACUCGCAUAUGUUGUUCUAACAUUAAGGCUUUGAAAGCCUCGGCGGCGACAAAGGCUGACCGUCAGGCGGUUUGUCGUUGCCUUGAGCGCAUUGCCAAGGCGAAAGUGCUUGCCAGGGCCCCCAGAAUUCUUAGACAAUGCGGUGUUAGCAUCCCCUACGCACUCAACCCUAACAUCAACUGCGCCACAAUUGUAUUAGAAGUGAAUUUUAUUGGGACUACAAUUGAAUUAAGAAUAAAUAAGGGUGGUCUUCUAGUGCUUCGCCGUUACUAUGAUGAUGAAGAUCUAGCUUUGGAUAGUAUUAGAAUUGACAAGUUUAGUGUCUGGGUCAGAACGCAUGGAGUUCCAAUCAGUUUGUUGAACUAUGCUCGUGCUCGAGAUCUAGCAAAGAGAGUGAGACACAUAGCUCUUGUCAAGGAGGAUUGUGUUUCCCUCCGUAAGGCCACGUAUGUCCGUGCUAAGUCCCAAUUUACUGCAAAGGGAAUCCUCAGCAUGUUUGAUAAUUCCAGUGGGGCUUCUGUUGUGCCAUUUGUUUUCAUCCCUAUUGUGAAUGAUUUUCCACCCUCUGAUAACAGUUCUCCGGAGAAUGUUUUUUGCCCAUUUAUUUUUGCUGAAUUCUCUUAUUCUGAAUCUAGUAGCUUAUCCUCUCCACCAAUACACAAUAUAAGUACUUCUCCUGCUAGGAAUGAUGAUAUUGUAAUUUGUCAGUUAGAAAGGGAUAUGGCAUACUAUGCUUCUUCUGAUGAAGGAGAUUUUGCUGCCCACUCUGUGAAGAAAGGCUUUGCUGGUGCUUCUCUGAAAUGCAGAUCCAAGAGAAUUCAGAAACCAAAAGCUCACAGACAUGGAAUGGCAAAGAAGAAGAGUUCAAAUGCUAUUGAUGUUGGCACUGAUACUCAAUCCAGUUGCAACUCCUUCUGUAUGAAGGUUAAGAAGGCACAAUUAGAAGCAGAGAUCCCAGCCCGCCCCAAGUUUUUAGUAUUGAAUAAGGCUCAGUCAAGAACCAAAGCUCAUUCACAAGGAGGAUGGCGUAUGAAGGUCGAAAGUGAUGAUGAAGAUGAGUCAGAGUCUGUCACUGUUGAACAGAUUGAUAGCCAGAAACGUCAUUCUGAUGACUCAGAAGCAGAAUUACCCACGAAGAUGAAGAAACGAAGCUGUGAUGCAGCUUUACCCGUUUUCUCAUUCAGUCUCCAGGCCUAG